CGUUAGAGGCAGUGAUAGAGUCUUAGAAAUCGGUGGAGGAGUGUAAAACGGGAGAUUACAUGAAUGGAAACUUUUGGAGCAAGUGAAGGAGGGAAGGAUAGCAGGAGGACAACCUAAAGUUUUUAUUUGUUUUAUUUUUAUUAUGAGGAAAAAGAACGCUUUGUAAACCUGAACCGUCAUUGUUACAUUUUUCCACAAUUCCCUCUGAGAGUGAAUGACGUCUGUCAGCCAGGCACGUCUGUGUCUAUUUGUUUGUGGAUGUAGUUGUGUGUACAAAGUACAGAUAUUAGUCUGUACUGGUGCCAUCAGCACAAACUGGACCUUGAAAGGUAAAAUCUGACCAUGGAGGCGAAAAGGCUCUUUCUGGCAAGUUUGCUGCAUCCUUUCAGCGAGACUUGAAGUGAUUAACUGGAGGUUGUAGAAGCAGCGGUGGAGGAAGGACAAAUACAAGAGGUCACAUGCUCAAAACAUUUGUAGCUCAAAAAAAAAAAGAGGAGAAUAAAAGCUGUGAAAUGAGAACCGUAAAGACCCUGACUCCUACUCUCCUCAGUCCUGCUACCUCCCCUCCUACCUCUCCUUUCCUUUCAUCCUCUUGCUUCCUUUCCUAUCCUAUCAUCUCAUAUUCUCUCCUUUCGUCUCCUUUCCUCGUCUCCUCUCAAUGCCGACCGGGGAGUCACCCUGAAUUAUUCAUUUUGAGAAAAUGAAAUCUUCACGGGUGUUAAAUCAGAGUGAAUAGACAAAGAUGACCAUGUUCUUUGUAUGCACUGUGUGUGUGUGUGUGUGCGUGUGUGUGUGUGUGUGUGUGCGUGUGCGUGUGCACGUGUGUGUGUGUGUGUAUGUGUGUGUGACAAGGCGUUGCAGAACUUGACACUUUGCUUGGCUGUGUUUUAACAAAAGCGAGGGGGGGGGGGAUAUGUUUAGAGGUGCAGAUGAAUCUCAUUUGCACCGAAGGAAAAUAUGAAACAUUUCUCAGUCGGCAUGUCAGUCGUGUUCAGGAUCACACAGGGCUGUAAAUGGGAUUGUGUUUCACUGUGUUUUUAGUCUCACACAGGGCAGAUUAUUUGUGUGUGUCUGUAAGUGUGUGAGCAGCCGUCACUCCAUAUUUCAUCCUUAAUAUAUAUAAUGUUCUUUUCUGAUAUUUGGCCAAAACAACACAUUUGAGGAAGCUAAACUUAAAGCAACCAGGUGCUGGAUGACUCAGUAUCUCUGUGCAUUUGUGCAUGUCUGCAUAUUUGUCCAUGGAUCACUGUUUCAUUUUUCAUGGAUGCCUGUUCACACUCUAUUUGACUAAGCCUACAGCACACAUGAAAGGUGUAAUAAGCAACGCCUUCCAACAUUCAUCCCCUCAACACACACACGCACACACACACACACAUCCUCUUUUACAUCUCUUUCUCUCUCUAAUCAGGCCAGUUGGCUCAAGUCACAGAGAAAGAGAAAGGUGGAGGAGAGGGAUGGUGUUGGAGAGGUGGAGCGAUGCACAGACGGGGUAUGAAUGGGAGAACAAGAAUCUAUGUGCUGCAAUCGCCUCCCUGAAAAAACAAAGUACACAAAAAAGCCUCAACAUCUGUUGUCCACCUGCAGCUGUGCCAUCUAUCUCUCUCCUCUCGCCCGCAUUCGUGUUUCAAUCAUUUGGCAACAGCACAUCAUGUAGAUCAGAAGAGGCAGAUGGGAUGGUGGAUUUUCGAGGUCAUAUUUUACCCUAGACCUCUUCUCCCUCCAGCGCUCUCUUUUUCAUGAAUGAGGCUUUUUUUUACUCCGGGCCCUGUUUGUGAUCUCUGAUUAUACGUUGUAACAAAACCUCCUCAAUGGAACCCUUUAAACUCACUACACUCCUGUUGAACUCACGAUCAAUACACGCGGUACACUACAGUAAACACAGUGUGCACAAUACAGCAGGAUACUGCAGGUGUAGUUUGUUGAUUUUGUCACUUUUCUUACAGUUUCUUACAGUAACACAUUCAUUUGUUCACUCAGUCAUCAGAGGUCUGCAACUAACACUUAUUUUAUGAAAAACAUUUGCAUAAUCGUAGAUUUGGGAUUUUUUUAGUGAGCUAAUUUUUCAUUAGGUAAUCAAACCUUUUUAUAGGAAAAAUCAUAUCAAAUCAAAUUUACAUUUGUAUAAGUCAUAAAUGCUUUGAUGGGAUCUUCAAAUUCGAAUUAAGAAAGAAAGCGAUAAAACAAUGCGGCCUGUAAAACAGUUAUGCACUGUAAUGUCUCACUUAUAGUAUCUGACAAUACUGCUGCUGACAUAUCUGUCAUGCACUAAUACCAAAGGUUUUACCGCCGCAACUAUCAUUUUCUAAUUAAUUGAUAAAUUGUUCGCUCUAUAAUAUCUGACAAUUGUAGAAAAUGUCCAUCAUACUGUAAUAUCCUGAGGUGACGUAUUCAAAUAGCGUUUAUGCAUUACAAGGAAAAUAAGUGAAUCUGUACUUUUUGAAAAGCUUGAACAAUCAAAAUGUUUGCCUUUGACUAUCAACACGGUUGCACUUCUGAACUGUAACGAAUGCCAGAUUUCAGAAUGCAUGCUCUCCCUCCACAAAAGCAGUGUUGUGUCUGUGUACGACGACCCGGAAGCCCUUCUUAACCUUCAUUAUCAAAAUCCUUUUCAAAGUGUCCGUCAGAGACAAAGUCUCACACCAUGCGUAGUAGUAAACCUGCUGUUACUGCUUGGGUUUAGAUCCCAGGAUCAAUUAGACUCCUGGGAGGAUUUUCCUAAGUGUUACCAUAAGUUCACGAGUAGGACUCCUUUGUGCUUGUGUCUGCAAGUACACACACAACCACCACUCUGAGACACACACUGCUUUUCUUAAUCCCCCAGAGAGCUCAGUAGCAGGUGUGCAGAGAGUUGUUAUUGUUACAUAUGAGGAUUCAUUUUGUAACUGCAGGGUUUUCUAUUUCAAAGGACUGAACCCCAGAUGUUUGUGCUACAGUAAAACAUUUAACCUGUCUUUGCAUGCCAUUCUUCCAGUCUGGUUGCAUGCACGUGUGAGUGCACACCUCAGCUUUCAAGCAUGAAGUAUUGACGUGAACGCUGGUGUUGGAGCCUUGAAGUGACGCACUUAAUGGCUCGUUGGAAGGCAAAACCAAUCAACUCCUGUUAAAGAGCGAGGAUGAAAAUUGCAGACUGAGAUCGCGAAGGAGAGUUUGUGAGCAAGACGGAGUGAGACUGAGAAGAAAGGGGGGGGGGCUGGCACUCUUAAAGGACCGUGAAGGCCGGAUCACAAAUAAUAAAACAGAAAGGGAGGGAGGGAGGGAGGGAAAAAAAAGAAGGAAAAUAUGUUGAGCGAAGGGGAAGGUCGGAGAGAAUGGAAGAGGGAGUCGAACGUGUGCCAGGAGCGCUGCACCUCUCACUGUGACUGGUGCUCUUCAAGGAUUUUUUGCUCCCUCUCUUUGGUCUUUCUUAUUUACCUCCCUCUUUUAUUUUCUUCUGCAUAGCUGUGGCACCGGCUUGUUUUUUCUGUAUUUUUUCGUCUUUUACCAUUUUUCUCCCCCCACCCCUUCCUCUCUCUCUCUCUCUCUCACUCUCUCUCUCUCUCUCUCUCGCUCCCUCUCUCGCUCUCUCUGUCUUUCUGUGACUCGCAACAAAAGGCUGACGGAGUGAGCCUGACGUCUGAAUGAAUAGCCCAAACCUGCCGUGAAGGGAGAGAAGAGGGAGACAGAGCAGGGAAGAGAGGAGGCUGAGGAGAAAAGAUGAGUGAUCUGGCUGAAGAGGCGGAAAGAGGAGGACGCUCAGAAGUGCUGAUUUCUGGCUGAAGACGAGUAGAGAUCCAAUUUUUUUUCCUCCCUCCCCCCCCCCUCUUUGGAGAUUAAAGGAGUUGACGCUGCCGCUUUGACCGCACGGGAGGUGACUAUCGUAGUCCUCGCUCUCCCGUCCUCCCCCUCACCCACUGCCCUCCUGUGCCACCUUCCAUUUUUUCCUCCCCCCCACCGACCGCUCAAGAGUACCAGUCGUCUGAGAAAUGGAGCUUCUGGGAGUGAGGUGACGAAGGAGGACGGAUUUGGAAAGGAGCAGUGGGAGAGCAAUAGCAGACAGAGAGAGAGGGAAGGAGGGAGGCUAGAGGAGGAGGUAGAGAGGAGAGAAUAACCCCAGGACAUACUGUGUGAGAAUAUACCCCCCCCCCCUUCACCCCACUUCUUCUCUUUUUUUUUGUUUUUUUGUCCCUCUCCACCACAUUUCCUCUGCCAUGUGCAGCUCCUGAUUUGAAGAAUGUGGAGACAGCAUUUCCCAGGUAUUCGGCCCCAGAUUAUGAAUGGGCCUAUGCACCCGCGCCCCCUGGUGGCGCUGCUGGAUGGGCGCGACUGCACCGUGGAGAUGCCCAUCCUCAAAGAUCUGGCCACAGUGGCUUUCUGUGAUGCCCAGUCCACACAGGAGAUACAUGAAAAGGUGCUGAAUGAGGCAGUAGGGGCCAUGAUGUACCACACCAUCACCCUGACCAGAGAGGACCUGGAGAAGUUCAAGGCGCUGCGCAUCAUCAUCCGCAUCGGCAGCGGCUACGACAACAUCGACAUCAAGGCUGCCGGGGAGCUCGGCAUCGCGGUGUGUAAUAUUCCCUCGGCGGCUGUAGAAGAGACGGCAGACUCGACGCUUUGUCACAUCCUCAACUUGUAUCGGCGGAACACGUGGCUGUACCAGGCUCUCCGGGAGGGCACGCGGGUCCAGAGCGUGGAGCAGAUCCGGGAGGUGGCGUCGGGGGCGGCCAGGAUCCGAGGAGAGACGCUCGGCCUCAUCGGAUUUGGUCGCUCGGGCCAGGCGGUGGCGAUGCGGGCCAAGGCAUUCGGCUUUAACGUGCUCUUCUACGACCCCUACCUCCAGGACGGCUUGGAGCGCUCUCUGGGCGUUCAGCGAGUCUACACGCUCCAGGACCUGCUCUACCAGAGCGACUGUGUCUCCCUGCACUGCAACCUGAACGAACACAACCACCACCUCAUCAACGACUUCACCAUCAAACAGAUGCGUCAAGGUGCUUUUCUGGUCAACUCGGCCCGGGGAGGUCUGGUGGAUGAGAAAGCUUUGGCUCAGGCCCUGAAAGAAGGUCGGAUACGGGGAGCCGCCUUGGACGUCCACGAGACUGAGCCUUUCAGUUUUUCCCAAGGUCCUCUGAAAGACGCCCCCAACUUGAUCUGCACACCCCACACCGCCUGGUACAGCGAGCAGGCAUCACUGGAGAUGAGAGAGGCCGCCGCCACAGAAAUACGGAGAGCCAUCACUGGCCGUAUUCCCGACAGCCUCCGAAACUGCAUCAACAAGGAGUUCUUUGUUACCUCUGCACCGUGGGGCAUGAUGGAGCAGCAGCAGCAGCAGCAGCAGCCUCAAGUUCACCCUGAGAUGAAUGGUGCCACCUACAGAGUCCCUCCUGGUGUGGUGGGUGUCGCCCCUGGCGGGAUUCCCGGACCUAUGGAGGGGUUGGUGCCUGGGGGAGUGCCCAUCGCCCACACCCUGCCCCCCGGUAUCCAUCCGUCACAGGCCACCUCCCCCAACCAACCCUCCAAACAUGGUGACCACAUGAGAGAGCACAUGACUGAGCCGUAGGGCUGCUGAUGUAACAGAGCCGAUGUAAACACACAAAAAAAAAAAACAGCAACUCAACCAUCCAAGUGUACGCUUGACUUCAGCCAUCUGAACCUACCAGCAGACCGCCUGCCGGGCAACGUUUCACACGUUUUCUUUUUUGUAUGAAACCACUUACGCCCAAGUGAGGACAGUGGGUGUUAUUACACACAUGAGCUGCCACACCGAGAUGAGACUGACCAUCAAACUCAUGCGCCGAAGAUCUGAAACCUUUCCUCCCACAUAUCUGUUUUUGUUCUACGUUGAUUUAAGUGAUUCUGUUUUUAUCUCUGUUUUGGAGUAUAUUUUAAGGGGAGAUUCCUCCUGACUUCUGGGACAUGUUGACAUUUGCACGUGCAGGACGGACAUCUGACCCACACUCCCUUUUGUUUAAAGGAAGAGCUUGAAGAGACAGUGACUUCAUAAACAAUCCGCCAAGCCUCCGCUUCCCCUCCUCCCUUCGUCAAUUACACCCAUUUCAGCGCAAACAUGUCUGUUACUAUAUCUUUUUUUUACUUUCCUCUGUUUAUCCUAUAUUCUGUGAUUCUGUUGCAAGUGAAUAUUUGUUUUUUUCUUUUCUUCAGUGGGUGAAAAUGAAUGGAUUUAUGUUUAGCAGAUAACAAAAGUCAGCUGAUGACAACAGCAGCAUCUGCCGUCUCCAACAGAAACCUGGACUCCACCAUUGCUCAUUUCUACUUGUCGUGGGUUGGUGGCCCCUGAAUGUAGAGACACGAUGCAGAGCAGUAGAUCCGGUUUCCAGCUGUAGGAAGAAUAUUUCGGCUUAUGAGGUAAAAUUACCAUUUUAAACCAAAAAAAAGAGGAAAAAAAACAACUUGUCCUUUGUGGUUAGAUACUGUACAUUAAGUGUGUCACAUCAAUUAAAUAUUGCUGAUAAGACUUUUCUAACUCUGCUGAACCGAGGUACCUACAAUAUUUGGUUAUUGUCAUGAACAGUGUCCCAAAUAUUAUCUAUUUGCAUCCAAAGGACCUACAACACAGUACACUGCAGCACCAGCUCGCGAGUUAGGAAAAACAAAAACAGUAAAUCUCCGACUGACUCAGGAAAAAAUGAUUAACCUUCAAAUAUGUCCAAAUCUAAACAGAAAGAGAAAAAAAAACGGGAUUAUUGCUUUUCAUGUCUCCACCUCUUUCUCCAUCGUGAUAUUUUUUUAUAUAUCAAAUGUACGUUUUUGUUGAUGUUCAAGGUUUUCAGUCCUGUCCGAUUUGUAUUGCCUUGUUAAAUGUUCUUAUAAUCAUAGUCUUAUGUGAACGAGCCCACCUUCUCCUCUUUAUAGUUUCUUCUGCUUUGUUUUUCUGCUCUAAUGAAAGCCAGCUGUGGCUCUCAGAGUGCCCUCUGUGAACAGCAGCAGCUCACAUCCAUCCCUUUUAGCCCAAUGGAGUUAGCGAGAGACAGCUGCUAGCAGAUUGUUUGGUUUUUAGUGCGAGUGUUUGUAUUUGUUUCUUGUACAAGGUGAACAUAUAGCAUACAGUGCAGCUGGAAACAAUAAAUAAAACGUACUGUUCUGAUUGACGAUUGGCUCUGUGGAACAUUUGUGGGAUAUUCAUUUUUUUUUCAGUUAUUUAAAAGAUGCUUAAAAAAAUCCUCUAAAAGAGGUUUUUUCAAAGUCUGACGCUGUCAAUGUCAGUUAUGUCAAAAAAUAUUUAUUGUGCAACAAACAUAAAAGAAGUUCAUAAUAA